AUGGCGGCACUGGCCAGCAGCCUGGUCCGGCAGAAGCGGGAGGUCCACGGGCCCGGGGGCAGCCGGCCCGUGUCGGCGCAGCUGCGGGUGUGUCCCCGCGGCACCAAGUCCCUUUGCCAGAAGCAGCUCCUCAUCCUGCUGUCCAAGGUGCGACUCCCCGUCCUCGUUCUCCCGUUCUUCCUCGCCGAGCUUGCCUGGCUCGGUACUAAUCUCCCCAGCUCUCCCCCGGGUGUCCUUGCAGCUACCUCGCGAGUCCGCCCCUCUGUGCGCCCUCCUCCCGUGACCUGCACUUCAAGAAGGGAGCUGGGCACUCCCCCACGACCGCCUACACGGCUCAGAAAUCGGGCCCCACGGGCUCAGGAGACCCUCUGCCGCGAGGAAGUCAGACACACUACACGGCUGGAUACCCGCACGGAGACUGGGGGUCGUACCAUCUGCGAAGGGGUACCGGGAACUCGGCCGCAAGCGCCAGGCAAAGAGAGUUGUGAAGAGCCUCAGCUCAAAGGCAUCGUCACCAAACUGUUCUGCCGCCAGCGUUUCUACCUCCAGGUGAAUCCCGAUGGGAGCAUCCAGGGCACCCCAGAGGACACCAGCUCUUUCACCCACUUCAACCUGAUCCCUGCGGAGCUCCGUGUAGUCACCACCCAGAGUGCCAACUUGGGAAACUACAUGGCCAUGAACGCUGAGGGGCUGCUCUACAGCUUGCCACAUUUCACAGCUGAGUGUCGCUUUAAGGAGUGCGUCUUUGAGAAUUACUAUGUCCUGUACGCCUCUGCUCUCUAUCACCAGCGUCGUUCUGGCCGGGCCUGGUACAUGGGCCUGGACAUAGAGGGCCGAGUCAUGGAGGGAAAUCGAGUCAAGAAGACCAAGGCAGCCGCCCACUUUGUGCCCAAGCUCCUGGAGGCCACGUCCCACCAGGUGCUCUACCCUGAGGGAGCCUAG